CUAUAUAGAAAUAAGAUAUAAACAUGGAACGAUGAACUCAGUUAUUUAAAUCAUUGUGAAAAUGUCUGUUCUUUGAGAGAGCAGCACUGAGGACGUGGUGUUCGUCUCUAGAGGGACUUGAACACGGGGAAGGUGUGGAGUGUGUGUCAGGGUCGCUCGCCCUCCUAACCCCAGGAAGGUUUGAAUAACAGCUGAUGGGGACAUUCUUCAUCCUCCUCCACCCUCCGUGCUAUAGGACACACUGCCACACGUGAGCCACAGUCAUGAACACGGCUUUAAUAACAGAAGAACUCUACACUAAUGUACAUAAGGCCUUCAUCUUGCUAUCAAAGGAAGAUUGUGUGGUUUGAAGCAGUUCUUAGUAAAUAUCCUGGAUAUUUCUUAAUAUCAUAAAGAUUUGUCAGCCAAAUUAUCAGCUGUCUUUGCCCAAUGGGGCUUGUGAAUUAGACUUCAGACCCCCAUGGUGCUGCAUUGGAGAAACACUUUCUUUUUUCUAGCAUUAAAUUAAAAGCCGAGCUAGAAACAAUCUUUUUGGUGCAACUAAUAUGGAAAAUGUUAGUGUUGUCUUUGUUGUGCGUAAAAUAUAUCUUAGUUUAGUCUUUAUUUAUAAAACCUGGGGAUCAAUGAUCUUUUUCCCAAAGGAAAUAAUGGUAACUGGAUCCCCUGCCAGCCAGAAAGUGCCUAACGGGCAAUUCCACAGACUCCAAGAAGCCCGUUAAGCGAGGGGUGUGUCUACUGUAGUUCAAAGAGGAACACAAGCGGCCACGUGUACCGGUCCAGCCCUUGCCGUGACGAUGGGCAGGGACCUGUGAGUGUGACCCAAAAUGAGCUCUGUUUGCAUUCAGUGUUUACAUCCAGGUACGGUCUCUGGAGUUCUGGAGCCUCAAAGGUGAUUACUCUAAAAAUACACAUCCACCUCCACCCGCUCUGAGUGUCACACGCUCUCAAGUGUUUUUUUCCUGGAAGGACUUUACACUUCGUUUGUGUCUCUAGCCCCGUUACUCUCACCAGGGGACUGUUCUCAGGAGGCCAAACUCUUGCCUGUGCCGUGAAUGCAUCCAGUGCCUCUUCCAGUUCACUGACCUGUGGCUGAGCGGAGGGUCUAUUUCCUGUAGUAACAGGAUGUGAGGAGAUGGGCUGGAGUCACGUUUCCCUCAUCCUGAGGCUCCCACCCAGGGCAAGAAGGUGGGGGGGGCAUAGUCGCACUGGGAGUGUUCAUCCAGUUCCCACCGGAGGGGUGUGGGGUCAAGAGCAGAUGCUUUCACAGGGCACAGCUACCAUAGUAAAUACAACUACAGUCUUUGCACCAAAUCGUCUCUGCAGCUCGGGAGUCUGAGAAGCGACGUGUGCAGUUUCCACAGUUUCCGGGACAGAGGCUCAUUCCAGACCAGAAGAAUAUAAUCUGGAACAGCAUGCGGGGGUUCAUUGUCCCAAACCCCACAUUCCAGCACAUUGGGCUUUUCUCCUGCGAGAUCACAGUCGACGGGCUUCUGUACAGCAAUAAAUACCUGACUCACAGACAAGUGAACAAGAUCCUAGAUGUGUAUCUGAACAGUACAGAGCCACUGCUGGCCCUCAGAGGAGACCGCUUCGCUCUCAACUGUACCGUUACAGCGGCAUGGAACUCCCGAGUUUCCAUCACCUGGAGAUAUCCUGGACAGACCGAUGGCUCAGCCUCCAUCAGCCGUCGUAUUUUGGAGGGCCAAUCCAGCCGGGUCUUCUACAGCAUUCUGUCCAUCCCCCAGCUGAGGCGGUCAGACCACGGGCUGUACGUCUGCCGCGUGACCAGCGGCCCAUCCUCUCGAGAAACGAAUGUCUCCCUCACUGUCUAUGACCAGCCCUUCAUUCGGCUCAAGCACAGACAUGGACCUUUGCUGGAGGCCCUGGCUGGACAGAAGGCCUACAAACUGUCCGUGAAGCUGCGUGCCUUCCCCACGCCCCAGGUCAUCUGGCUGAAGGACGGAGCAGUGGCUGCAGAGCGGUGCUCGCGCUACAACGUGGAGGGCAAUUCCUUGGUGAUCCGUGAUGUGGCACCAGAGGAUGCUGGAGUCUACACUGUCCUGGUGGGAAUCCAGCAGUACAGGCUGUACAAGAAUUUGACCAUCUCUCUGGUGGUGAACAUGAAGCCCCAGAUCGAGGAGAAGGCAGUGUCGCUCCAGGACUCGGGGAUCGUCCGUCUAGGCACCUCACGGGCUUUGCUCUGUACCUCCGCAGGGAUUCCGCCCGCUAAGAUCCACUGGCUUUGGUACCCAUGUCCACAGAAAGGCCCGUGCGAGCAGACAUCCUCUGCAAAAGGGACCCCCGUGGAGGUCAACGCAAACAUCGCAUCUGCAGAGAACCGCAUCCUGAGCAUAAGUCAGAGGCAGGAAGUUAUUGAGGGGAAGAACAAGACGGUGGGGGUGCUGACAGUGGCGGAAGCAUCUGUGUCUGGGGUAUAUCGUUGUGUUGCCUCCAACCAUGUGGGUCAAGACUGGAGGGACAGCCGCUUUUACAUCACAGACACUCCCGGAGGCUUCACCAUUGACCUGGAGGAAGAGCCCAGGGAAGGAGCAGAUCUCCAUCUGCUGUGUCGAGCCAGCAAGCACUUGUACACUGCACUGUCUUGGCAUCGGGCCACACCUGCAGUCAAGUCCAUCUACGGGACCUCGUCCCGACGCACAGCCGUUCCCGCGGCCGAGGUACGAGCUCAGCUCCCGAGCCACGAGAGCGAUCUGCUGUCCGGGCCAUUCUCUAACACGCUCCGGCUGCUCCUGAGGAACCUCACGGCACACAGCUCCGGCACCUACAGCUGCUCCGCCCAACACUUGCUUACAGGGAAGGAGGUUCACCUGGACACCAGUAUAGAGGUCAUAGCUCUGGAGGCCCCCGUGCUGCUGCAGAACCUCAGCGACUGCACUGUGAAUGUGAGCAGCUCCAUGACCCUCGCGUGUCCUGCCCGCGGGGUGCCCCGUCCACAGGUCACGUGGUACAAGGACCAUGUGAGGAUGCAUCAGGGAUCUGGUAUUCUGCUGAGCCCAGACGGAGGGAAACUGCACAUUGAGCGAAUUACCGCUGAAGACGAAGGACUCUAUACCUGCAAGGUCACCAACGAGAAAGGCUCUGUCGAGAGCUCUGCCCACGUCUGGGUCGAUGCCCAUGAGUCGUCCCUGGAGAUCGCCACUAUUACCUGUACCUGUGUGGUUGCCACCCUCUUUUGGCUGCUCCUCACGCUCUUCAUACGGAAGCUGAAACAGCCCACUUCCUCGAGUGUCAAGACAGACUAUCUGUCAAUCGUCGUGGACGCCGGGGAGGGAGCGCUGGACGAGCAGUGCGAGAGGCUGCCCUACGACCCCGGCCAGUGGGAGUUCCCCAGACACCGCCUCAAACUGGAAAAACCUCUGGGACAAGGCGCGUUUGGAAAGGUGAUGCAGGCCUCAGCGUUCGGCAUUAACAAUUCCAUCAGCUGCAAGACUGUUGCUGUGAAGAUGCUCAAAGACGGUGCCACGCCCAGCGAGCACAAGGCCCUAAUGACAGAGCUGAAAAUCCUGAUCCACAUUGGGCACCACUUAAACGUCGUUAACCUUCUGGGAGCGUGUACCAAAGCAGGAGGCCCCCUGCUGGUCAUAGUGGAGUACUGCAAAUAUGGCAACCUGUCGGCAUACCUCAAGAGCAAGCGGGACGUGUUCCUCCUGAAGCGGGAUCUGGGUGAAGAGAAUGGAGGGAAGAAACGUCUCACUAGCGUUUCUAGCAGCCAGAGUACAGCCAGCUCUGGAUUUGAAGAGGAAAGAGACCAUUGUGAGGACAAUGAAGGCUCUGACUCCACCUGGGACUCUCCGUUGUUUUUAGAGGACCUCAUUUCCUACAGCUUCCAGGUGGCACGAGGGAUGGAGUUCCUAGCAUCUCGCAAGUGCGUCCACCGGGACCUGGCAGCAAGGAAUGUCCUGUUAUCUGAGAGCAACGUGGUGAAAAUCUGUGACUUCGGCCUGGCGUGGGACGUCUACAAGGACCCCGACUACGUCAGGAAGGGAGACGCAAGGCUGCCCCUGAAGUGGAUGUCUCCAGAGUCCAUCUUUGACAAGGUUUUCACCACACAGAGUGAUGUGUGGUCCUUUGGUGUUCUUCUCUGGGAGAUCUUCUCUCUGGGAGCUUCUCCAUACCCAGGUAUUCAUGUGGAUGAGGACUUCUGCCACAGGUUGAAGGAGGGAACACGUAUGAGAGCCCCAGACUACAGCACCCCAGAGAUCUACCACACCAUGUUGUUCUGCUGGGAAGCCGACCCUGCCGCGCGGCCAACCUUCACUGAGCUGGUUGAGACCCUUGGGGACCUGCUGCAGGCUCGAGUCCAGCAGGAUGGGAAAGACUACAUUCCUCUGAGCCCCACACCCCCCACCCACCCCAGUACAUUGGCUCAGCUGCACCCCCUGCAGGCCUCCAAACUCAAGUCCCACAGUCCACGAUGCCCCACAGCUCCCAGUGCUGCAGGCCUCAGCACCUUUGAGGAGCUUCCUGACCGGGACGCAGAGCACUCUCAUGAUUACCAGACAGACAGUGGCAUGGUCCUCCCGUCGGAAGAGCUACAGCACGUGAAGUGGAGUGAAAGACCCCUCCCCUUACUGGUCUGUAAACAGAGGGGGGAGAGUUUGCCCUCUGCACCAGUUUACCCCGGUAUGUUCCGAAAGCCCCGUGGGAGCAGUGAAGUAGCUCCAGGGCUCUCCUGCGACUCCAUCUCUGCCGUACGCUGCUCCCACCCACCAGACUACAGUCCGGCCCUCCUUCCCCUGCAGCACCUGUGAAGAACAACCAACGUGCCAGUGGGCACCGCACAGCAGCUGAGUGCUUAACUGCUGUAUCAUAUUUUAUAUUAAUGCAUACAUAUUGGCUUCUUCCUCAAUUAUUUUACCUGGUACCAAGUAAUAAAAAUUUCCGUAGUAUAUCAUUGUACCACGUGAGAUGAGUACUAAUUAAUAUAUUAUUGCAAAAAGUUUACCAUUAACAUUAAUAAUUUCACACUUUACCUGACAUGUUUGCAGGGCUUCAGUAACACUGGGCUCCACAAGCAAUACCCACAACUGUAGAAAUACACGUAUAACUCACUCUCUCUCUCAAUGGAAGUUUCAAACUGACAUUUGCUUUCAAAGCCUUCAUGUCUUAGGGCUCACUGGCCUAGGAGUCACACUCCACAGGGGCUCCGACUACCACGCUAUACCGCGGUUCACGGCGUCUCGUUGCCUUCUAUAAAAAUACACUCACAUAUUCUUAUGAGAGCUGAGUGACGACUCCACAGAAAACCGACCCUCUGCCUUGUAUGGCAGCCGCCCUGAAAAAUGAAAAAUAAGCACCAGGCAGGAGUAAAACUUUGUUUUUAAUAAAAUACUGCUGUAUACACAAAUAUUGCAACAUGGAGAUAAAGACAGCACAACAAGUGUGUUAAGGGCACAGAUCCACAUGGCUUGUGAGGGUGAGUAUAGUGGAAUGGCUUACACACACACACCUACCUACCUUUCCUGUGGAUGUGGCCACAGGCAUGUGAACCCCGCAGCUGUCUGCUCUGGGGGGGCUGAGUAGAAGCCAUAUUGCACAACUUCCACAACAUUUUAUACUCAAACAUUUGUUUAAAAAGUCACUAGAGAGGAUCUGUGAUUUCCGGUGUGCCACAGCGCCUCUGACCCCCACAUCCUUGUCCUUGUGCCACCUGUUGUGGGGUGACCGACACCCCAGGGGAGCGAACAUCUACCUGCCAAGCCACAAGGUCGCCGCCGUACCUCCCGGGAGCAGCGACCGCAGCAUCUGAGAGAACGAAGCCGAACCAGCGCACAUUCUCACCUGCACCGUGACCUCAACCUGUGCUGCCGAAGCGUCGCGAGUUCGCAAAGACAGAGGCGAGAGCCUCGGCGCUCAGUGGGACACAAAGGAAAGGCCACUGACUCCACUCGUACCUUUCGCCGGAGUCACCGAAGGACACGUGCCCUUUACUGUUCUUACACCUGGAAGCCAGCAGAUCCGAAGAGCCCAGCGGGACUCUAACACAAGAAGCUGCGAUGGAGACGUGGGGUGGGGAACGAACGGGCCAAUGGAAGACGGUGAAGAGGCGGCGCAGGCUGUGCUCUUUAACACACCAUGUUCAGUCCUUCACUAGUGCAGUAAAUCAUGUGCUGUUCCAGCAGACUUGUUCUACAGGAAGUCCGUCCACCCACCCUGAACCGCUCUGAGAACAGGGAUAUGGUGAUCCUCAAAAAGGCGGGGGGGGGGGGGGUAACAAUAAAAAAUGAUAAUGCUACAACCACAGGCCACCCUUUCAGUUCCAUGAUCACAAGCCACCCUGUGUUACUAGUACUCCUCCCUGCUUUUACAAAUAAACCCUCUUCACAAGUCACCUGUGGUGUGUGCCCCCCCGCCACUCAGUCCACAACAGAUUAGCUCUCCAGUACCAAUAAAGUAAAAGAAAACCAGGUUUUAUUUCUGUUCUCCUGUGAGCACAACCAGCGCUCAGCAGCCCCUGGAGGCCUUGCACAUUUUAAAAAAAAAAAAAAUUUUAGUGCAUCCACCACAAGUAAAUAAAAACAAAAGGAAAAAAACAGCAAAAUAUUACCAUCUGGUUUUGUUCCCCAAAUCUAAAAAAAAAAAAAAAAAAAAAA